UUCCACAGUCGACAUCCAAUAAGAACUAGUUCCUGGGCCGCUGAUAUAUAAACGAGAGGUUGAUCAGAGACUGGCACAGUGAGUUGUGCUCUCGAUUCUACGAUGUGGUCACUCUUGCAAGCGGUGUUCACCGCUCUCCUCCUCGUCCUCACCACUGCUGAUAACUCCUUUGAAGAUCACAGCUUUGACGACUCCUUUGAAAGUCACGGGUUCGGCCACUCUGAUGAAGGAUUUAUCUUCCGUGGAGCACGCAGCGGCGGCGGAUUUAUCGGCGGCGGCGGCGGCGGCGGCGGCGGAUUCAUCGGCGGCGGCGGCGGCGGCGGAUUCAUCGGCAGCGGCGGCGGCGGCAUCAUCGUUGGUGGUGGACACGGAGGUGGACACGGUGGUGGACACGGAGGUGGACACGGAGGUGGACACGGUGGUGGACACGGAGGUGGACACGGAGGUGGACACGGUGGUGGACACGGAGGUGGACACGGUGGUGGACACGGUGGUGGACACGGAGGUGGCUAUGGCUCUUCCGGCGGAAAUACCGUUACCUACAGCACAGGGAAGCUUAACCACGGCCUCUUCCCCAACGAGUACGUCAAGAGCAUCUCCUCCGCCUACUUGGUCGACCAUUACCACAGGCAGGACGGCGGCCCCGGUGCCGGUAAUGGCUUCCCUCUGAAUGCUCUCGGAGGUGGCUUUGCUAUUCCUUCUUACGGUGGCAAUCAUGGUGGCCAUCACGGUGGCCAUCAUGGUGGUUAUCACGGUGGCCACGGUGGACACCAUGGAAGUGGCGGUUUUGAUAAUUCCUUUGAAGGAGGAUUUGGCAUCGCUGGAGGUAGAGGUAGAGGUGGCGUAGUUUUAGGCGGUGGACAAGGAGGUGGAGGAGGCAUUGGGGGCCGAUAUGGAGUGUCACACAACAGCUACACCGUGCCAAGAUAUCACAAGUAAUACACCGACCAAGUUGACACACACAGGUACAAGAGAAAGUUCUACGAGUAUAACGAGUAAAUAUAUUUUCAAGUGAAGCUACAAGCAUAUGCUAUAUUUUUGUGUAUAAUUUAUUCAACAAAUAAAUAUGUUGUUCUGA